AUGUCUUUCCUCAAGUUCAGACUAGAAAAUACUAGUGAACGCUCCGCCCCAGUGCCAAUAGCUGCUGCUGUGUCCCAACCAUCCUCAAGGCGGCAAAACGACGGUGUGCAGCAUGCUUUACCUGGGAGAUUCCACGGCCAAGCAUCCUCUGAUGAGAGACUACCUAUUUCACCUUCGGCAACUCAUACAGGAAAGGGUCGCGAACAUCAUAUGGGCGCUCCUAAAGUUGAUUUUACGGCUCGUCGUAGCAGAAGGUUGGGAAUUCAUCAGCCAGAUGAGAUCAUGAACUCAAAGCACUCUCACCCUACAGCCAAGGAUAAAUGCCGCCGGUGCCUGCGGCAGAAAGAGGAGUGUAUUGGGUAUUAUUCAGCCCGACCAUCUCCUGUCGAGCAGUCGGAGAAAAGCUCUGACAGUCUUUCUGAAGGAAAGGCUGUUGGCAUUGCUUUCAACUCGGAGACGGACCCAUCUACGGCUUUUUCGAUGGGAUUCACUGAAACCAAUCUAAGUGAGUCUGUAAAGCUUGUCGUCCUGUUGCUCCAUCCUGUUGCUCCAAGAAACGCAGCUGAUUGA